AUGGCGAAUGGCUGGAGUCUCCUCGUCGGCCUGAUCAUCGUCGUGGCCGCCUCGGUGGCAGCAUGGUUCUUUGCCCCGAAAAAUGAUAGCCGGACUGUCUGGCGCAGCACACUCAUCCUCUCCUUUGUCUCCUGUUACUUGAUGUGGGCAAUCGUUUUCCUCGCCCAAUUGAAUCCCCUCAUCUCACCAAAGCGAGCCGACAUCCGUCCUGGGCGGGUACCGAAUUAA